UAUUUAUACAUAAAGUAUGUUAACAAGUGUCAAAAGCAAGAAAUAUAAGUGUAUUAGCCACGCAAGAAUUAUUUAGUUAUAACUUUGUCAACGCCGCUGCUACAGAAUCAACGAAAAGUAACUCAAGACCAACAGGGAGCUACAAUCAGCCAGCGGCGAGUGGAUGAAGGAAGCUUACGCCUACUGCGAGGACGUGGAUCAUUUAAGCACCAGCGACGUGUUGCGCAAAAGCAUUCGACGCUCUUGGACUAUAUCAAAUCCCGAGGACGAUCCCAACAAUCCAAAUCUACAGCAAACUGUGGCAGACAAUUUGUAUCCACAGCAGCAGAAUCUGAUUGAAGCGCAAUCUGCAGGCAGCUAUCCCACAUUGCAUCAGCAUUCGUAUCAGCAGCAGCAGCAGCUGCAGCCGCAGUUACAACAGCAACCACAACAGCAACAUACAUCGCCUGCGCGUCAUUAUAACAGCGGCAGUGCCACGCCCAUUACAAGCAGCAAGUGGCAGCUUGGGCGACGCGUAUUACGUCAAUCAACGCUACCCAGCACGCUGAAUAACGAUCCCAGUUUGAGAGGCAGCGGUGCCAAUCUGGCCAAUUACAAUUCAGCCAAUCUAACUGCACCCACUUCACCGCAUCAGCAGCAAAAGAGUCCGCUCUAUCCCAGCGCCUACAACAGCGACGAUAUUAUACACAUGAACGCCGACUGCGACAAUUAUAUACCCAUCACUGUACAGCAGCCGCAGCUGGAGCCCGAGGCCACACCACCAGCUAGCCACAGUCAUCGCUUUCAGGUGCGCCGCCAGUCAACGCUGCCCGCAUGCCAACCACCGCCCAGCAUCUACAUGUCUACAUCACCCAAUCGCAUCUACAGUCGCUCGCCCGAGCGCUCUCCGGGCGAGCAGCAGCGCUAUCCGCCCUUUCAACGUCAAACUUCGUUUCCGGAACCCCCCAGCCACUAUCAGCGCACCAAGCUGCUGCCUCAACCCGUCAGCUCGCAGCCCUAUGAGCCGCCUGCAGCUCAAAUCCCCAAUCCCGAUGAGCUGGACUACACUGUCGCUUAUCCCAAGCCACGCAUAGCGCGUCAGGCAACGCUGCCCAAUCCGGAUCAGCAUGUCAAGCUGCUGCCUACAUCGCCACCCAAGCGUCAGACCUCACCGCAGUUCAGACGCUCGCCAGAGUUUACGCGUCAGCAAACGCUGCCCAAUCCCGAAGCCUUCAGCAGCGGCAACACCCUCACCGUGCAUCAAACUCCACCUGCCAAAUUCAUGCCCAUUUCACCACGCGCCAAGCAAAACUUUUUGUUUCCCAGCGUGCAGAACCCACGUCAGUUUCUUUCCCAGCAACAUGUGCCCAGCACCAUGGGCCCUGCUGAUUUGGGCAGCGGCGGCAGCGUCGCUAGCGGCGCCGGCGAGCAGUACUCCAGCAGUCAGAGCGUCAAUAUACAUCACUCACGCGAUCCGCAUGCCAAGAUGAUCAAGGUGCGCAGUCAUAGCAAUGAGGAGUACUCGAAUAGCACCAAGUCGCAUGUGGAGAGUCGUCGCUUGUUGCCUGAAAUACCCACAACUCAACGCUCCAGCAGUCGCUCACCCUCUCGGCUAGUGCGUCAGGAUUGCCUUAAGGAGCAGGAGCAUGGCGUACGCACUUUCGGUGAAGCCAAGCAGCAGUUUCAUCAAUUCCCAGAUGUUAGUGAGGAACAAGAAAAUCGCACUGGCUAUGCGGAUUACUUUGGCACUAGCGUUACCAGUUUUCUCGAAUCCGAUGAAGUGCAGUAUGAAAAUAAUUACAAUGCUGGCUUCAGCAGCGAGCCACGCAUCACUUUCAACAAUGGCAUGGAGUCAUUGCCAGUGCCGCCAGUUUAUAGCGCUGAUAACUUUCUUAACGCUGGUGCUGGCGCAGCUCACUCUGGUUACUACCCAGAGCAUGCUACAGUCAGCGGUCAUGCUGGCGCAGCAUUGCCACGCACUCCAUUGAUGCACAAUCGCAUGCGUCGCCGACAGUCGCGUGAGCUGCCCGCCUGUCCGCUAGACGUGAGCAACGUUGAAGCAGAAGUUGCAGCCGCUGUGGUUCCAACUGCGGUAGACAACAGCAUCGAGCGCCGCAAGCCCGAGCAAAUGCGUUCGGUGUCAGAGGAUUCCGGUGCCAAAACAGCUCCAAAGCCAGUUACACGUCGCUCCUUCUCGCAUCCCGAAAAGGACACGCUGCCACCAAAGAAAACGGAAGCCUCCAAGAUACCCAGUCCACGUCCACUGGCUGACAUACUGGAUAAGUCACGCGGUGGCAUCUCCAAAAUACCACAGGCAAGACGACGCAACAGUCGCGGUGAGGAGGGUAGUAUACCACCACAACACCACUACUCCUUCCAUGAACUGCUUAAGCAUCAGAAUUCUGAUUUAAGCAAACGCCUCAAAAAAACGCCCCUUCCUGUCGCCGCAGUCGAUGCAGUUAAGCCGGAGGAGCCGCAGGCCCAAACAGCAGCGGAUAAGUCGCAGGCAAAUAACGAGGCAGCAGACAAGAAUGAAGCCAAUGACGCAGCUGCUACGGCGGAAGCUGUUGAAACGAAGCACACCAGCACAUUGGGGGAGCAGGAGCUGCAAAAUGCAGUCGAGGCGGCUGCGGUGGUGUUCAAGAAAGUUGUGCUACAGCGACGCAAGGAGAAGGAGAAGGAAAAAGUAGCAGCCGAGGAAGCGCUGCAGCUGGUCACUUCCGGUGACAGCGAUGUCAUGGAAACAUGGUCGUCAUCAGAGCUGGAGUUCAGGUGCAGCACAACGACGUCGGCGGCGGCGGCGGCGGGUUUGAGUCAAUCGCAGUACAGCGUCGAAGCGGACGAGUUUAAGCUUGUGUUUCUCAAUUCGGAUUCAUCUUCGAGCUGCAAAGAAGAGGAAGAUGAUGAUGAUACGGAUAGCGCUUCCAAUUCUUCAUGUUCGACGCAUCAAUGUCACAGCAUUGUAAGCAACUUGGAGGACUGCGACUGGGAUUACUUUGAGCCCUCCAUGAUAGCUGCGUCCACAACAACAACCAAGACUACUAUGUACACUUAUGCUAGGAAUGCACCAACGCCGCCACCGAGACUGCGUCGACGCUCCAGCGACAGCGAUUCGCCGCUGCAGCUGCGUCGCCAGCAGCUGCUGCGUGGCUACUGCUCCAAGAUUAGAGAAAGCGACACAGGCACCGAUGAGGAGUUUCAUAUGCAGGGCGAGAGCAGCAGCCAGACCAGCUCGGAUCAAACGCCGCCAUCGACAGCAGCCACACCUUUGAAUAUAAAGGCGCGCAUCAAGACGCGUUUCCUCAAGAGUCAACACUAUCAUCAUCAUCAUGGCCAUUUGUCCAGUCGCUGCAGCUGCGCCGCUGCUGCGCCCACUCAGCCGCAAUAUGUGCCCAUACCCGUGCCUGUGCCCAUACCCGUGCCACUUGCCGCCUACCACAAUUGGCAGCAGGAGCAUGCGGAGCAGGACGACAACUUGACCGCUUCGCUGCAGCAGCUUUGGCAAGCGGCUGCUGCUGCUUCUAGCAAUAUGCACCCAAACAGCAGCAACCAACAGCAAGCGGCUGCCGCUGCUGCUGCUGCCGCCAUGGUCGCCUACUCACAGCAAUUCGCCGCAGCUAGCAACAUGUUUGAUGCAACGCCGCCAGCAACUAGCAAAAGCUAUCAGCAGCUGCCAACGAACUUGCCGCCGCCGCCGCUGCCGUUGCGUCAGCUACGCGGCGGCGGUGGCUGCGGCGGCUUUAAAUCCUCGGCGCCGGAGCUGAGCGGCUCUCUGGGCUCGCUCAUGACGCAGUCGUUCGGCUCGACUGCCUCCACUCUAUCGUCAGCUACGUCCGGCUACAGCACAGCAGGCCGCAGCCUGGAAACGCUAGCAGGCUGCCUCUGCUUGGCCAAACAGCAAAAGCAGCAGCAACAGCAGCAGCAGCAAUUGGCAAGCCAAAUGGCUCUCAAGUCGACGCCAACAAGUUUGGGUUUAGUAGCGUCGCGCACGCCGUCGUGUGAGCAACAACAAGCGCGUCUCGCAGUCGAAGCAACAACAGCAACGGCAACAACAACAACUGACAUUGCCGCAACGCCUACAACAUUGAGAUUGUGUAAUGCGAAUGAUAAAAGCGUCGACAGCGACAUCGCCAGCGGCGUCAACGGCGGCGUUAAAUUUAGCGCACAUGUUGCUGCUGUCGCUGAUAAGCGCGAUGCCCCAACAGCAACACUAUUGAGUGAAAAUCUGCCAAAUAAAUGCCAAAAUCUCUGCGAAACAGUGCAAAACAACAGACAAAAAGCAGCAACAACAACAACAGCAACAGCAGCAGCAACAGCCACAGGUAUAGCUACAGCAAUAGAAGAAAAAACAGAAACACAAACCUACCUGGCGAGUAGUAACAACAGCAACAGCAUAAGCGACGAAGCAGUGGAAGCGGCAAACGAAACGAAUAUACAUAAAAAUCAAGUACUAGCAACAACAACAACAAGCAUUGCUCCUGCGGUAAUAACUCGUUUCAACAGCAGCCAAGUUGCAGUCGAAAAUGUUGAGAUUGCUGCUGCCAUUGUGCCUAGACUUGCAACAGCAGCAGCAGCAGCAGCAACAGUCAAACACAACAAGCGCUGCUACAAUAUAAAUAAAGACAUGUCCGAGUCUCCCAAUGAGGCAGCUGGCUACUUGCAUAGCGAAAGCUACGCCGCCGCCAACAGCAGCAGCAGCAACAGCAACAGCAGCAACAACAGCGAAGCGGAGCCGGAUGAGCACAGCCCACGCAAGCUGGUGCAGCGCAGUUACAAUGUGGCAAUGGCUAUGGCAGCGGAUGAGGCAGCACCAGUAGUUGCAACAGCACCUGAGCCGGCAGCAGUUCAGCAACUUCCACACAGCAGCAGCGAAGACAACGACAGCAGCAGCGAUGCCAGCAGCAUAAGCUCGGAGGAAUCUUGCGAUUCAGAUGACACUGGCACUGUAGCGGAUCGCAGACCCAAGCGUCGACGUUUCAAGAAAGUAUUUGUAGUCAAUCGGCAGGCGGAGCAGCCGGCGCGUGUGCGUCAUAGCUCCUCCACUGAAGGUGACUCGCUUUCCUCAUCGGAUGCCAAUCUAGAAGACUCUUCCGAUAACGAUACCGAUACCGAACGCACCGAUUGUGGCAUUGUGCUCAACUAUGUUAGGUCGCUGGAGGAUACAGAUGAAGGGGCAGCAGCAGCGCAAGCGAGAGUGGCAGCGAGUGAAGAUGAUGAUGAUGAUGAAGAUGAAAGUGAACGCAAGAUUGCCAACUCAAGCGAUGAGCUGGCCAACUGCAUUGUUGUCGUGGGCGGCUGCACCGAUGAGGCGGGAGGCGUGGUGCUGCAUGGCAUGCGUGCGCUGUCCCCGCAACUGGAGCAUAACAUGGACUUGAGCUCAGUCCUGGCGGUGUGCGAUGAGCUGCACAGCAUUUCAAACGAUGUGAAUCGCUUGCUGGAGCUGCAUAAGCAAAACUCGCAGCUGGAGCUUAAGCUGCAGCGACUGCGACGCGGUGUGGCCGAAAUUAAUGAGGAUCAUCUUAGCAGCACUGAUGUGGCUGCCACCCAACAAGCAGCGCAGCCCAACAAGUGCAGCAGCAGCGAAAGUGAGGAGGCGACGGCAGCGCAGGUGGUAAAUGCAAGGGCAACCCUCGCGCAUUCUCAGAAAAGCGUAAAUAAAAAUUCUAGUAAUGACGAAAGCGAAGCGAAGAACGAAAAUGUAGACAACAAAGCAGCAGCAAUAACGAAAAAAGAAGAAGACGAAGCGCACACACUUGGGUUUUCAAGCCAGCAGCGGCAGCGGCAGCAGGUAAAAGCAAACAACGAUAAUCAAGCGGUGGCAGCCAUGCAAACAGCGAGAACAGACAAAGAGCGAACAGCUGUGCAAACGUUGGCAGCGGCGCAGGCAGCGGGCCGAAGCAGCGAAGCAUGCAAAAUAAACGAUUACUCCGACUCUCUUGCGCUCGCAACGAGUAAAGCACCUGAGCAAAUACAACAACAAGAGCAGCGACAACAGGUAGCCAUUAAUACGCAAGUGAGAGAGCGAGUUGUUGUCGCUGCUGCUGAGAGUGAGCAAAAAGUCGUUUGCGCAGCUGAAGUGAAGUCGCUCUCAGCAUUGGAGUCAGUGUCAGUCGAAAAUGAAAUGUUAAACGUUGCGGUUGAAGAGCCAAACGCGCGUCUAACGCUUUACAACAACAACUCGCCAGCAACAAAAACAACGAUAAAUAAUAAUACUACUACGAAUAGUGGUAGUAGUAGCAACAACAAUAACUGUGCACAUAAUGAUGGCGAUUUCGCAGCACAAAAGACAAACAACAACGAUAUUGAGUCGCCAGUUGUUGUUGGCUUUAGCUAUUGUAAUAACAGUGACGUAGUGAAUGUAAAUGUGAAUGCCUCUGCUGCGUCGCAGUCGCCGUCGCGUGUGCUCGAAAGUUGUGAAAACGACUACGACAAAAUAUUUGGCAGCCAUAAAGAACUGCAAGAGAACGCAACAACAACAAGCAAAACUGAUAGCGAUUCCGUUAUAGUCGAAACAGCUGCAAGUGCAACUGCAAAUGUAACUGCAGCCAAGAAUUCACUUUCAGCCAAAUACCGCAGUUUGGUGAUGAUUACUAAAGAUUGCGAACGCAAAGACAAAAGCGAUUAUGAAAUGUCAGCGAUUGGCAGCAGCAACAGUUCUGGCCAGCAGCAGCAACUUGGCCAUGACUCAUCGUCGCCGCUUGCUUCACUACGCUCUUUAGACAACUACGAAUACGCUUUGGGCCGUGCCAAAGGCAGCGAGACGCCAACACCAAGCGAACGCGAAUUGUCACGUGAUUCCUACAGCGUGGACUCUUUGAAUGAACCCAAGCAAAGCUUGGACGAUGGCCUAGCCGAUGAUGAUUCAUGGGUGGAGGAGCUAAGUCAGCGCGGCGAUGAAGAUGAAGCUAUAACAACUACGCCUACAGUAACAGACUCGGAGGAUGGUGAGCUGGCUGGACAGAUUAUCUAUGUGGAUCGCGAGGAGGAACUUAGAGAAUACAAUCGCUCAGCUAUUGACUUUACGCUGCAUACAAUUGUGGAGGAAAGUUGUGAGGAGAGCGAAGUGGCAUCGAUACGCGCUGACAAUGACAAUGAGCUGGAGCAGGAGGAGUGCGAGCAGGAGAGGCGACGCCAGCGCACGUUGCAGCAUCAUCAUCGUCUGAGUGCAUCCGAGCUGGAGAAGUACUUCUUCUUUGGCCUGGGCGAUGGCAAGCUAAUGAGUUCUAUAGAUACGCGUGGCGAUGAUACCGCCUCGGAGGUUAGCUCUGAAUGCUCGGAGAGUUUGGACUCACUGCCACAUGAUGAGCAGCUAAUGGAUGGCAAUAGCAAUGCUGCAGAUUUGGCCAGCUCACGGCUGGAGAAGUAUUUUCUCUCCGGUUUCAUGGGCUUCAAUAGCUCGGAUAAGCAGGCGGAGAGCGAUGCUAGCGGCAGCGUAGGUAGCGACAGCGAAGGACAUCCCAGUCCCAGUCAAAGACGCAAGCGGCUGGUUAGAGCCAGAGGCACGCCCAGAAGUCACAAUUCAUCGCUGGACAAUCUGCUGCUAGCUGAAGCUGAUGCUAUGGACAGCAGCACGCCAACAAUGGCUGCAGCUGUGGAGGAUACUUCGGAGUCGGAAACGGGCUGCGAUGAGACUGUUAUACAAACGGAGCGUGCCUCAGAUGGCAGCUCCUCGGACACUAUUAAGCGCAAGAAGCAGCUGCGCAAGCGACACGAUUCACUAGACGAGAAGAAGCUGCUGGAUGUGGGCGAACAAUCAAGCGCAGCUCUCAGUGCUGUAGAUGCACCAACGCAGUCACAAGCGCAGUCCAAGAAGCAGCAGCAUCAUAGUCGCGACAGCGGCUUUCUAGGCAGCAAUGAUGAUCUAUUAAAGACGCCAGACAAUGAGCCUUGCAAGUCGCCCACGCCCACGCUGGAGCAAAUAAGCGAAGAUCGCGAGCCACAGUCGAGCGUGCUGACGCCCAAGCUGGAGCUGCCCAGCACUAGCGGCGCUGCCAACACUGUGCGCCGACUGAAUCUGAAUACGCCGCCGUCUAGCGGCACAACCAGUUCGAAUCUGGUGCGCAAGGAUAGCUUCAACAACUGGAGCUCGGAUGAGGAAACGAAUCUAAUGAUGAGCAAGAUGCGUCAGUUCUUCAAGACGCUCAUAGUGGCGACAGCAAAUGCGCAGCAGAGUCAGAAUCCAAGCGCGGGCAGCACGCCCAGCUCAGUGCGGCGUUUAACCUGCAAGGCGGCAAGCAAAUCCCGCCCAGAGCAGCUGGCGUACUUUGAAAAUGAGCUCACCAGACUGAUGAAAACAGUGCCGGGCAUAAAUGAUGAGCAAGUGCGUGAAAUUGUGGAGUAUCUAAGCAGUGAAGACACCUGGUCGGACUCAUAUGACAGCUCUGACUACACCAGCUCUGAUCUCGAAGGCUCUGAGCAGAAAGUGCAGCUAAAGGCGCAAAUCAGCGCAAGCUGUCAGCAAAUUAUAAACAAAUUUGAAGUGGAUGAGGAGGGCGUAAGAGGUGAUGGCGGAUUGCUGGAUGAGGCGCAUGUGCUUAAUGGAGAUACAGCUAUUGUUUAUCAGAAGCUGGUGGCUAGCUUCAAUAAAGUAGCAGGCGGACAGGAAGCUAACGAAACGCCUGCAGUAAAGCCAGCGUUGGAUGAGGAUCGCAUCUCUACGGGCAGCACGGAGCAGCAUUCGCCGCAGCUGUUUGCCAAGGUUAUGCAACACAUAGGCACACGUCUGGUGGCUUUGAUGCAUGAAGUGAGCAGUGGCAAUGAAACACCCACAUCAACGCGCUAUAGUCGCCACUCGCAUGCAAAGAUUUCGGCCACCACCACUGAAGAUGAGGAGGAUGAAGUGCAGCAGCAGCUGCAGCUUAAGGCGCUGCCAUUGAAGCAGCUAAAGCUGCGCAGCAGAUCGCACGAUCUACUGCUGGAUGGCACUCCAGCGCAUCCAGUGCAUCCCGCACAUGCUCCAACCAACGCUGGCGGCGACAGCCACGCUGAAGAGUGCGGCGUCGCUAGCGAUUAUGAGCGUUUCUCUUGGCGCGGCAGUUUUGAAUCGGCAUUACUGGCUAAUGGCGACUCCAGAACGAGACUGAGCCAGCUGAGUCAACUAGACAGAGACAAUUCGUCGUCUGCGUCCGCUUUGGCUGUAGCAAAGCGCCGAUCGGCAGGCGAUCUCUUGUUCAGCCAGCAUCAGCAAAAUCUCAGCCGCGAGCAACUUGAUCGAGUGCGCUCCUGUGGCAGCAUUGGCGGCGGUGAUGCGCAUCAUCAUCAGCUGGAAGCUUCACCAGCCAAGCCUUGGUUAUCUUCUGCCAGCUCUUGUGCGGAUUCCUCCAAGGACGUGCGUCGUUCCAGCGUGCCCGAUGCCAUUUAUGAAACGGACUCCAGCGACGAGAAUGCUGCGCCGCAGUUCAGCAGCAAUCGCUCUACGCUACCGCGCAGCUUAACAGGCAGCGGUCAAAUGGCCAGCACCAAUUCCCUGCCACGUCUUGUAUCCUCCGGCGCAGUGCUCACCAGCACGCCCAUUACCAAGUCACAAAAUGCGCUCAACUUUACGCCCAGCUCGACGGGCAGCGCCAAGAGCGCGCGCUAUCGCUCUCCGGGUUUGGCAACACGUGCUGCUGCCGUCAACAGCAGCAGCAGCAACAGCACUGGCAAUAUUGCUGGCAGCAGCAGCAGCAGUGCGGGCAAAAAACUCGGCACUGGUCUACAGCAGUUUCUCUAUUCGAAACGCGAUGCGCGUAAGCGUCUAAAUAUGUCAGCGGAAGAAGUCAAAGUUGCUGCUGAGGAGCAGCUGCAUUCGCCUGUAAUGGGCGCGCGUCAUGGCGAAGCUGCCUCCAGUCCUGUGCAGUCACGUGCCUCCAAUGACACUUGGCCAGUGCAAUCGGAUGAGGAUAUUGAUCGACUGGUUGCUAUGCAUCAAAAUCGCAGCAGUCUUAGCUCGUUAGGCCUGCGCUCCGAGUCCAUGGCCAGCGUUUAUUCAGGCGCAGGUGAAGGUCGCUAUGGCACUGUUGUGGUCAAGGGACAAGUGGAGUUUGGUUUGCAGUACAAUUACAAGCUGGGCGCGUUGGAAAUUCAUGUGGUGCGCUGCAAGGAUUUGGCUGCUGUUGAUGCCAAGCGCAAUCGCAGCGAUCCUUAUGUUAAGGUUUAUUUGCUGCCCGACAAAUCCAAAGCAGGCAAACGCAAAACCAAGGUUAAGAAGCAUACGCUUAAUCCUUUAUUUGAUGAAACGCUGCGUUUCCACACGCCCAUUGCCAGCUUGGAGUCACGCACGCUUUGGUUAACUGUAUGGCACUCAGAUAUGUUUGGUCGCAAUGAUUUUCUGGGCGAGGUUAGCGUCAAUUUGCAAGGACGCGUCUUUGAUAAUCCGCAAUCGCAGUGGUAUUUGCUGCAGGAGCGCAGCGAACCCUUUGAUGAGGUAGCCUAUCGUGGUGAUAUUGUAGUUGGGUUGAAGUACAUACCGCCAGAGAAUUUAAAGUCCAGCAUCUUUGCGCGCGGCUCUAGCAUUACAGGCAGCUCUUCCAAUUUGCGCAAAUUUGGCGGCAGCAUCAAAUCGGUAGCAACUAAGUCAGAGCGCAGCAGCAAAGGCGGUCAGCUGCAUGUGCUGGUCAAGGAGGCCAAACAUUUGAGUCCUGUUAAGACAAAUGGCAGCUGUGAUGCUUUUUGCAAAAGUUACUUGUUGCCCGAUCGCACGCGCAGCUCCAAGCAAAAGACGCCAGUGGUAAAGCGCACGCUGUAUCCCACUUGGAAUUACACGUUUGUCUAUGAGGAUGUCGCUUUGGAAGACUUGGCUGAGCGCGCCUUGGAGCUCACAGUUUGGGAUCAUGAUCGCCUAGCAAGCAAUGAGUUUAUAGGCGGCAUACGCUUCUCGCUUGGCACAGGUCGCAGCUAUGGCCGCCAAGUCGAAUGGAUGGACGCCACAGGCAAGGAGCUGUCGCUCUGGCAAAAUAUGCUGGACAGACCCAACUUUUGGGUGGAGGGCAGUCUCAUGUUACGCUCGAGUCUGGAUGGCGUUCAAUCAACUUUGCCAUAGGCACUUUAGCCCAGCGUCAUAAAUAGAGUUUUAGCAGUUUGUUACUUUAGCAGUUAAACGAGUAAGUUGGCUCAACUGUUUAAUUUACUCACUCACUCACACACACCUGGCAUGUUGUAGUUAGUAUUGUGUUGUCUUUGUAUUAAUUAUAAAAUAGUUCUUACAUUAUAUUUCUGUGUGAAUUGAGCGACAACAGCCAAGGUGAAUAUAUACAAGCAACUAUUUGUAGUCUUUACCAAUAUUAUUAAUUUUACUUGGAAGCGCAAUCAUUUUGCAAUUUAGAACGAUUUUCAAUGCUCGAAUGUGUGGCAUGCGUUACGAUUAAAUAAGAGACCCCCCCACGUAUAAUUAAAAGUUCAAUGUUCAAAUAUAAGCAGAAAAACAAAAACAAAAACCACAAACGUUAUCAAGUUUAUGACACUAACUAUAAGUGUGUAUAAGAACAUAAAACAUUGUAAAGCAAACAUAUGGAUUAUAUAUAAGAAACGAACAUGACGACCAUAGCAACUAUCAUUUGGGAAUUUCCAUAUUGUGUGUGUACUUUCCCUAGCAAAUAAAAUAUAACUAAAACUAAGCGAACAUAUUUAAGCUUUGCAAUAAAAACAAAUGUGUUUUAAAAACUAU